AGCAAAAAGCGACAUCGGACUCUGGAGUAGCACAAAACUUCGCUCUGCCGCCACGAGGUUGUUAAAUGGAAUAAUUUACAUCUUUGACAGAUAAAUCACAGAAUCAACUAAUGUGCGUUUUUCAUCAAUAAACAAAAGAAAAAAGUAACAGCAUUUCCUGGAAGAUCAAGCUCAAGGUGCUGCCACAAGAUUGAUUUUUGGAUUUGAUUACAGUUCCAUCCCUCAAAAGGCAUGAAUAAAGCGGCUCUACUUUUUGUUCUUGUCAUCAUUCCCACCAUUGCAUUUCGCACACAACGUGACACGAAGUCUGGCAAACUGAUUAAGGAAACAGGCCUUGAUGUACCAGGGCCUCAGAGAACCAGUCAGGGAGAGACUUCUGGGCAGGGUUCAACCUGGAAUGUCUCUGAUGUUGGACUCAAGGCAAACCUUCCCAAGCUUCCCAUCCCACCAAUGUGCCAGAAGCCUACGGAGAUCAAGAAUGCUUUCAAGUAUGUCAAUACUGUGGUGUCCUGUCUAAUAUUUGUCAUGGGGAUUAUAGGGAAUUCAACGCUUUUGAGGAUCAUCUACAAAAACAAAAGCAUGCGCAAUGGACCCAAUGUGCUCAUUGCCAGCUUGGCCCUGGGAGAUCUGCUGUACAUUCUCAUUGCAAUUCCCAUCAAUAUCUUCAAGCUCUUGGCUGAGGAUUGGCCAUUUGGAGUUCAUAUGUGCAAGCUGAUCCCAUUCAUCCAAAAAGCAUCAGUUGGAAUCACGGUUCUCAGUCUUUGUGCUCUCAGUAUCGACAGAUACAGAGCUGUAGUGUCAUGGAGUCGGGUCCGAGGAAUGGGAAUUCCUUUGUGGAAAGCUGCAGAGGUGAUUCUGAUUUGGGCUGCGGCCAUUGUGUUGGCUGUGCCUGAAGCCAUUGCAUUCGACAUGAUGGAGAUGAACUACCAAGGUGCUAAGUUACGAGUCUGCCUUCUGCAUCCUGAUCAGCAGUCAAGUUUUAUGAUGCUCUACCGCAAUGUGAAGGACUGGUGGCUUUUUGGAUUCUACUUCUGUUUACCACUGGCCUGCACUGGUGUCUUCUACACUCUCAUGUCUUGUGAGAUGCUGAGGCAUAGAAAUGGGAUGCAAAUUGCUCUUAAUGAUCACAUGAAACAGCGACGAGAGGUGGCAAAAACUGUUUUCUGCUUAGUGGUGAUCUUUGCCCUCUGUUGGUUCCCAUUACACCUCAGCCGAAUAUUGAAGAAAACCAUCUAUGACGAAACGGACCCCAAUCGCUGUGAACUGUUAAGUUUUCUGCUGGUGAUGGACUACACUGGGAUAAACAUGGCUUCACUGAACUCUUGCAUCAAUCCCGUGGCACUGUACUUUGUCAGCCAAAAAUUUAAGAACUGUUUUCAGUCAUGUCUGUGCUGUUGGUGUCAGAGGCGACCCAGGAAUGUUAUACCGACAGAUGAGAAGUGCUCUGGAGGUCAGUGGAAAAGUCAAGCCCCAGAAAACGCACUGGUCAGGAGCAGCUCACGUUCCAGCCACAAGUACAGCACUUCUUAACUACGAUAAAACACUACUGCAUGAGAGAGGAUUCAAUGGAUCCAUUCUGCAAGUGAGGACACUAUACUGAUUCAAGACAAGCAUGUAAUAGCUUGCUUCAUGUCAAAUAAAGCACUUCAGCUUUCAGACAGUUAAGCUGCACUGAAGUGUAUGGCACAAAAAGACACAUUCAGUAACCUGGAGAUAAAACUACAAUAACCAAACCAAAUAAAGGACUCAGCAGAUGAAUAACAUGGAAAUGGAUCAGAAGGCGGACUUUUCAACAGGACUAGAAUUCAUAACUUGUGCUGCUUUGUAGAUAGAACAAAUAUGCAUAUUGUUUAAAACUUCAUUACUGAAUGUAUCCCCUUAAAGAGUACAGUAUUGGUAUUUUUUCAUUUAAUCCAUUCAGCUAAUGCUCUCACCUAAUCCCAAUCAUUCAGCACAGUGUGCACAUUAUGGUGUGAAAAAGUACCAUUUGGUAGGAAAACAGUGCCCAGGUAUUAAGAUGCAUGGCACAGAAACAUCAACCCACUUCUUGAAUGACUGCAUGCUGCCUAAUCUGUAUGGUAAACCAGGGGAAGUAGAGAAGGUCAUGUUUUAUAAAUGCCAAUGUUUUAUUAAACUGUUUUCAUUCAAGGGGUGAAUAAGAUGCAGUGUAUGGCAGUGUGUGUUUGUGAGAAAGACUGUCAUCUCAUCCAGAGAUGGUUAUUGCCUUGUACCCAAAUAUAAAAAAAUCCAACCACCGCCUCCACAACCACCCUAAAAGCAGAAAAAAAAAAGAUUUGGAAAAUCAAGAUAGUGCAGGGUUUCAUUUUAAACAAGAAAAGUAAAAUUUGAAACAAAUCUCUUAGGCAACUAAAAAAAUGUGCAGUAGAUACAACAAAAAAUUAAAUACAAUGUACACUACCUGCGUUAUAAGAGGUGACAAGCCAAAAGCCGGAGAAGCUACAACCUGGUGUAAAUAGUUCGUAAGGGUAUAAAUCAUUCAUAAGUAUAUUUUUUAAACAGCAUUUAAAAGUUUAGUAAAAGAUAUGUCCCACUUUAUACUUUAUCAUCAGCACCAUUUGCAAUUUAUUAAGGUAAUACACUGUAUAUACUGUAUGGCGUGAUGUAUUUAGAAUGUAUAUUGCAAUUAAAAUUCAUGUAUACUUAGCUGUAAAAAUGUACAAUUUUGUGAAAUGUCCCACUUCAGUAAACUGCAUUGUCUUGAAAUGAUAGGCUAAUGCCAUCUGGCAAAUUGUUACAGUA